AUGGACACGGCUCUGAUUUCAGCUGGAAUGACCAGGUGGAACUUGAACCUGGCAAGGACUGAUAUCCAGAAUUCCAGCGGCCCUCAAGCACAACAGCGGUACAGGAACUGGAACCCCCCGUUGCUAGGCAACCUUCCCGAUGACUUCCUCCGCAUCCUGCCCCAGCAAAUGGACAGUGUACAGAGUUCACAAAGUUGCCACCAGACUGCCCCGAGCCAGGAAAACCAGGGACCUCAAGGCUCCUUAGACCAAGAGAGGAAGUGGAAACAGUACCUGGAAGACGAGCGGAUCGCCCUCUUCCUGCAGAAUGAAGAAUUCAUGAAGGAGCUGCAGAGGAAUCGGGAUUUCCUCCUUGCCCUCGAGAGAGAUCGAUUGAAAUACGAGUCAAAGAAUUCCAAGAUGAGCAGUGUUGUCCUCAGUAAUGACGUCAGCUUCACCUCUACAGUAGCAGAUGACAUCACUCGCUCCUUCAGUGGCGUGCCCAGCGGUGCCAUCUCCGAAGAUGCCUUAUUCAGGGACAAGUUGAAACACAUGGGAAAGUCUACACGCAAGAAGCUCUUUGAACUUGCCAGGGCUUUCUCAGAGAAGACCAAGAUGAGGAAGUCAAAAAGAAAACAGUUGCUGAAACAUCAGGCGAUGGGGACGGCGGCCUCGACGGCGAAUCUCCUUGAUGACGUUGAAGGACAUUCCUGCGAUGAAGACAUCCAGGGAAGAAGACGACAGUUAGAUGUGGAAGCAGAGGCAUCCAGAGAAGCACAGUAAGGUCCUUAACUGGGCUUUGAUCAGCAAAUUGGAAAAGAAACAACAAGGUGAGCGUUGGAAGUAGGUCAAGAAGGAAGAUGCUUUUCUGGGCUGGUACUUCAUCCCUGCCCUGAAGUUAUAGGACGUCUUCCAAAGUACAAGCAUUACAGUGUCAGGCACAGUGCUUUCUUACGAACGGGUUACCCAACCCAUUCCUUAUCUGAGGAAUCCAGCCAAAAAGAGUGAUUAAAUUAACAGCUGAUCUGAAUUUUUCCAUGGAAAUCUUUGCUGCUGGAGAAUGGAUUUGGAGUUUGUGAAGUUGGACGGGUCAGACCUCCGUAUUUCUGUGUUGCACGAUGCUGUUGAGAUAUUAUGAUGAAAAAGCAUUAUACUGUUGGUGGUUUGGGGGCUAGCAUUUUUGAAAACAUAUCUCUUUUUGCAGACGCGUGGUGACUUUCAUCCUGGUAUAGCGUGGCCUCAGAAUUUUGCCAAAUUGUUUUGUUAUCAUUGUUGCUGCUAAUAGGAGUAAGCCCAAAUCAAGAUCUCGUUGUCAUAAUCAGAAUAAUGAAAAUGCAUUUCUCUUUGGAAAUGUGUUUCUGCUCAUCCCACACUUCAGCCAGAAAAAAUGCCACAACAGCUCAAUCUUUGGCUUCGGCCCUUGAGUUUAAAAGGCGAACUUUAAAGAAUUAUCCACAGUACUAAAAACGCAUUCUCCCCAUUGUACUCAGGUGACCCGUCUUCUAAUUUUGUAUUCCUACAUCACUAAAAACAUGAAAAAUAGAAUUUGUAUGAGGGGUUAUAAUUUGUCUUCUCUCCUUGUAAGCUACUUCAGUGUUGGGGGGGGGGGUUCCUUAUGGUUUUGUCACAAGAUGUUGAGGUAAAGGCGUUAGGUGGCAGUUGGGCGCAAAGAGCCCGCACAGUUGGCUUGGCCCGUGGAAGUUGCCAGAGUUUCAAGCACUACCUCAGAAACGUGGGAUGAAGCCACAUGUGAAGGAAUUUUUAGACUGAAGGCCUUGCAGAGGGACACGGGGUUGGUUCUUCAGCAUCUGGUUUGUUUUGGAGGGCAGGACACCUCUUGACUGUUAUGGCAUCCUGGUGGUGGCUAUUUUAUUUGCUGUGGUGAUCUACAUAAGGAACACUGAAUUAUGGGAGGGCCAACACCUGGGUGUAUGAGGAACGUUCCAUUUCAGUCCUUGGCGUCACCAGUUAAAUCUCAUGUAGGUGCUGGGAAAGUUUGUUGUCUGCCUGAGACCCUGAACAGCCACUUCCAGUCAGAUGUGAACUUCUCUGCUUAGUGGGGGGUGGGAAUUAGAGGGACUGUUGGUCCUGAAUCUGCUUCCCGUCAGCUUCAUUUGGUGUCCUCAAGUUCAGGUACUCCUGGGAGGGGGAGGAAAAGUUAAGAACAUAAGAGAAGCCAUGCUGGAUCCAGCCAAU